AUGGCGGCAACAGCGCCGCCGGUCAACCAAAAUCCGGGCAAGCAAGCCCCGCCCCCCGACGAGGUGGACAGUGACCUAGAUGCAGAGGGAGAGGAGGAAGCCGACUUAUAUCAGAUGGACCAGCAACUUCAGGAUGCUGUUCAUCGAGCCUACACCGGAGAAGUUGCGGAGGAAAAUGGCCAUGAUGUGACCACCCGCCGUGGCAUUCUGGCUAGACAGAACAGUGGCGACAAUGAUGAGACGGAGCCUGUCGGAGCAGUGAAGGUUCCUGGCGACGAUACCUCCUCCUCCUCUGAAGAAGAUGAAACAGCGACGGCUGAUGGAGAUGUUGAUCCUGCGUUCGAGGAGGAUAAUGAUCGAAGGGAAUCUUCAAGCAGUGAAUCCGAGUCUGAAGCAGAAGAGGACUGGGAGGCCGAGAGCAAUGGACACGAGGACGCAGAUGCGGAUAUCCGCAGCCGGUCAAACUGCAUGUUUUGCAGCCAAGAUGAGGAACACGAUCCCAGCGAAGAUUUCGAAGAAUGGCUGACCUGCAAUGUUUGUGGUGAUCAUUCACAUCGGCAAUGCGCCCGCGAACAAGAAGCUUUCAAUGACUCCGAAGGUCAAUCAAUGGUCUCCUCUCUGGUGGAAAAGGUAUGGUUGCUAACUUUUCGCCGACUAGAUCCUUGGAGAUGUCCCACAUGUGUUCGCAAUAAUUUAGAACCCGACCCCGUGGAGAGUCCGACCCAGCGGAAAACUGGAGCAUCCCAUCUUCCAAAGGAGCUUCUACCUGCUCAUGUAGGAAAGCACGGAGAUGGGUUUCAUUCGAUUUUCGAUACCAACAUCAGCGAUGAAUUACUGAAUAGCUCGCGAUCAUUGCGAAAAAGGAAAGCUUCAUCGGCAGAAGCCGAAGAGCACGCCCCUGUGCUUAGAAAGCGACGGCGCCAAGCUGAUAAUUUGAAUAUGAACGAAACUGUUUUUGACGGUGACGAGCAACCUGUCAAUGAGGCUCAUUCCCCAGCUCGACCGAUGCGCCCUCGACGAACUCGCGCAGUGGAUCGAGAUCAUUGCCGUGUGGUUUCAAAGAACUUCGGCAAACUAAUUGUCGGUUUCCGCCUUGAUGAGGCGAAGGUGACCAAAAUCUUGAGCAGCCAAAGCCGGCCGCAACGCAAGAAGAAGAAGGCUCCGAAGCCCCCGCCUGUGCCUCAAGAAAUUCAAGCCCAUUUCGCCUCUAUUCCUCCCGCACCUUACGCCACCCACUUCCAUCCAUUCCACGAUCGGGAAACCGACGAAUCCAAAUCCAAGCCGUAUGGCGGCAUUUUAUCCGAAGUCGAGGCAGACACAUCCAAAACCCUUCCCCUACAAGCCGAUCGCGACAAGUUUGAGCUGGCCCGCCAAAGGGCCGAAGAUGAAUGGCAGAGAAAGAUUCGAGAAGCCGAGCUCAACGGCGAGGCAACUCCUACAGCUUCACAGAAAGUUUCCGGUCCCCCGUCGAAGAUCAAGUACAUCAAUUUUGGUGGCCAUGAGAUUGAGACUUGGUAUGCUGCUCCUUACCCAGAGGAGUACAGUCGGAAUCGUGUGCUUUAUAUCUGUGAAUUCUGCCUCAAAUACAUGAACUCCGACUAUGUUGCUUGGCGACAUAAGCUCAAAUGCCCUGCGAAGCAUCCACCAGGCGACGAAAUUUACCGCGACGGCUCCAUUUCCAUCUUUGAGGUGGACGGCCGAAAGAACCCUGUCUACUGUCAGAAUCUGUGCCUCCUUGCCAAGCUAUUCUUGGGGUCUAAGACGCUAUACUAUGACGUGGAGCCAUUCUUGUUCUACGUUAUGAGCGAAUAUGAUGACCUUGGGUGUCACUUCGUUGGUUAUUUCAGCAAAGAAAAGCGGCCAAGCUCGGCAAAUAAUGUUUCCUGCAUUCUCACACUUCCAAUCCACCAACGCAAAGGUUAUGGUAACCUUUUGAUCGAUUUUUCCUAUCUUCUUACUCGGAUCGAGGGCAAGAAUGGCUCUCCCGAGAAGCCUCUCUCAGACAUGGGUCUGGUAUCGUACCGAAACUACUGGCGACUUAUUCUGUCGUACCAACUUCGCGAUCUGAAGACACCUCUCAGCAUCGCUGAUUUAUCGGAUCGGACAGGCAUGACGGCUGAUGAUAUUGUUUCCGCGCUGGAGGGCCUCCGUGCUCUAGUACGAGAUCCUAUCACGAAAACCUACGCAUUCCGUCUCGAUAAUACCUACUUUGAAGAGGUGAUCCAGAAAUGGGAAAGCAAGGGCUACGUCCAGCUCAACCCCGAUGCACUGCUCUGGACGCCAUACAUUAUGGGGCGCAACAAUCAAUCCCAUUUCGAUCGUGCACCCUUGCACGCGGUUGCGCCUCGAGACGAUCUAGAUGAGGAUGAGGAAGAGGUUGAGUCUAAAGAGGAUGCCGAUGAAGAGCCCACAACAAACGGGACAGAUACCGAUGGCUUUGGGGAGGCUGCUGGGCCACCCUCUACAUCUGCAGCCUUCCCGCACAUUAAUGGCAUACAUGAGUCCGACGACUCCAAGCCAGACCCCAUUCCUAAUCCUGCUGCAGGUAUUCCUCCCUCUCGCUUUGAACUCUGGCCUCCUGUCCAUGUGCCUGCUCCCCCGAAGCGCAAGGUAGGCCGUCCCCAUGGGAGCAAACGACCCUCGAUGACACCAACGGCUACUCGUACCAGUGGGCGCAACACACCUCGACGGCCAUCGGGACUGCCAUUGUUUACUCCGAACGCCAGCACCCCCACUGUACGCCGCGGUCGUAGCGGCAAGCCCGCAGACUCGCCCGGAGUGGAUGCCACUCCAGUUCAAUCAAAUGGUCUUGACGUGGAGCAAAGCGAACUUGCCGACGAAGAAGCUGUCCUGGACCCAAGCCCGGAAGACCUUGGUCUCGUGUUGGAUGAACCUUCCGAGGAAAGCGCAAGGGACCCGGACGCCGAGAAUGUGAAUGACGACGAUGAUUCCGAGGAACCCAUGAAAACCAAUGGAGUCGAUCAUGAAGAUGAUUCGGCUAUCGAGCCAGACCCCCCACGGACACCCGAGAAGAAGCGAUCGUCUGGCUCACGAUCACCAGGGACGGCCACGUCCUAUCGAUCCAAGGGCAAGCAUUCAGAAAAACCACCCAGAACUCCUCAUUCAGUCACCCGCAAAGCCUUGGUUGAGAAGAUUCAAGUGAUGAUACCCGCCGAGCCCGGGUCAGCUGACCGACAGAAUGGCAAGAAGGUAUCUCCGGACACAGAUGACGUCGACCUGGACGCGGAGGGAGAGGAAGACGACGAUAUCGAUGCCGAGUACGAAGUGGAUGGUGACGUGGUAAUGGAGACAUGA